AUGUUCGCCCAGGGCGUCUUCCGCGCUGCAGGGCGCAGACCCGCCCUCCGUGCCCGCUUAUUCACCCGCAACCCGGCCCUCCCUGCCAAGCGCUCGCGUCUCUGGCUCCUCCCCGUAGCAGCGGGCACCGCUCUCGUUCUGCUGCCCCAGCCGACGAGGGACUCGCUUCUUCCCCAGCUCUUCUCCUCGCCUCGCCUAAUCCCGUGUCCCCAACAACCGCCCAGGAAGCCUCUGCUCCAGAUCAACUCUCCUCGCGAACCCCAGCUGUCCAUCCCUCGCAGGAUCCUCCAGUUCUUGCGCGAGUGGAUAUGGGAGCCCAUCCUUACCGGACGACGAUGCAUCUACCUCAUUCUCGUCUUCACCCCGGUCCUUGUCACCGCCCCCAUGCUACUCGUGGGCAAGCCGGAGAAAAAAUAUGACGGCGACAGGUGGGGCGCCGUCUGGUGGUAUGAAUUUCUCGUUACCCAGAUGAACCGUGCAGGCCCGACGUUCAUAAAGCUUGCACAAUGGGCAGGCUCGCGAACCGAUCUUUUCCCGCCUAUCCUGUGUCAACGGCUCGGAGCACUCCACUCCCGAGGCACGCCUCAUUCCCUCCGCCACACCAGACGCGUCAUUGAAGAUGUCUUCCAAAGGCCAUUUGACGACGUUUUCGAGGCUUUCGACGAGACCCCCAUCGGCGUCGGCGCCAUCGCCCAGGUUUACCGUGCAACCCUCAAGCACGAUCUUCUCCCGCCCUCUUAUGUCACUCCUAAACGCGCUCGCAAGUCUCAAAAGCUACCCGCCGCACUCGCCCCCGUGUCAAUGCAGGACCCGCCCCCCGUUGUACCCACCGCCGCGGUCGCGAUCAAGAUACUUCAUCCCAAAGUCACCAAGCUCAUCGCCCGCGACCUAUCCAUCAUGUCGUUCUUCGCCCACCUCAUCACCCUCUUCCCCGGCAUGCAGUGGUUGUCACUACCCGAGGAGGUGGACGUAUUUGGCAAGAUGAUGUACGAGCAGGUUGACCUACGAAACGAGGCAGAAAACCUCGUCAAGUUCGAGGAAAACUUCCAGGGCCGCAAGGACCCGGUGACCUUCCCCCGCCCGCUCAAAGUGUGGAGCACAAAGGACAUUCUCGUUGAAGAGUACCAGAACGCACUGUCGCUCGAAGCUUUUCUUAAGAAUGGCGGCGGCCCGUUCAACGACGGCCUCGCCGAGAUGGGCCUCGAUGCCUUCCUCAACAUGCUUCUCCUCGAUAACUUUGUCCACUCUGACCUUCAUCCCGGCAACAUCAUGGUCAAGUUCUGCCGCCCCUCCACUCGCCGCCUGCUUAAGAGUGUCUGGACUUCGCUCUUUUCCUCCUCCCCGGACCCGCCUGUGUCCGAGACGUUCAACACUGCCGAGUCUGAUGCACUUAUCGCCCGGCUUCGCGCUCUCGAGCACGAUCCCGCAGCAUGGCGCGCGGCCCUCAGCGAGCUUCACUCGCAAGGCUACGUCCCGGAGGUCGUGUUCAUAGAUGCCGGCCUCGUUACCACGCUCAAUGGGAACAAUCGGCGCAACUUCCUGGAUCUCUUCCGUGCCAUCGCCGAGUUCGACGGCUACCGCGCGGGCCAACUCAUGGUCGAGCGCUGCCGCUGCCCCGAGCUCGCGCUCGAUCCGGAGACGUUCGCGCUCAAGAUGCAGCACCUCGUGCUCAACGUCAAGCGGAAGACGUUCUCGCUCGGUCAGAUCAAGAUAUCCGACAUCCUCACCGAGGUCCUUAAGGCCGUUCGCGUUCACCACGUCAAGAUGGAGGGCGACUUUGUCAACACCGUCAUCAGCAUAUUGCUCCUAGAGGGAAUCGGUCGCCAGCUUGACCCAGACCUAGAUCUUUUCAAGAGUGCGCUCCCGAUUCUGAGGCAGCUCGGUAAGCAGAUGGCCAGCGAAGGCGAGAUACAAAAAGUCGAGGUCCACAACCUCGGUGCGAUGAUCAAGGUGUGGGUGUACCUCGAGGCAAGAGGAUUGGCUUCGGCUGCCUUUGUCAACAUAGACGAACUUGUACGAUACGACGCACUCAUGCCAAGCAUAUAG